AUGGAAGCAACCGCCAAGCCGUGGCACGCCGCCUAUCCAGCGCCUCGAGCGGUCGACCUGCGCAAACUGACACCCGCCCAGGUGCUGGACUUGCUGCGGAGCGCGGACGCUGGCAGCAGUGGGCAGGCACCAACCCUGGUACUCGUCGACCUGCGCCGCAAUGACCACGAGGGUGGCACGAUUCGCGGAUCCAUCAACCUCCCAGCCCAGAGCCUCUAUCCAACCAUCCCGACGCUGUACAGCAUUUUCCGCGCCGCCGGCAUCCGGACGGUCAUCUGGUACUGCGGGUCCUCCCAAGGCCGUGGCAGCCGAGCCGCCGGAUGGUUCGCUGACUACAUUGCGGAACGCCAGGGCGCAGGAAUGGAGAGUGCCAUCUUGGCUGGGGGCAUCAAAGCGUGGGUCGCCGCCGGCGGCGAGCAUCUCGACUACAUGCACGAGUACGAUGCGACCAAAUGGGACCAGCAGGUGUGA